AUGAAACCUGACUACUUUGUAUUGAACCAACAACAUAAAAAAAAAAUAUAUACAAAGAUGCUCUCUACCAGUCUCAAUAAUCAUAACCAUUUUGAAAGUAAACAAAUUUCUUUACCUUCACCACCUCAACAACAACAACAACAACAGCAGCAGCAGCAGCAACAACAGCAACAAUUAGAAACAAUACAAAAACAAUACCCAAUGACACGUGAUCAGCAUAAAUAUUGUUGUGCUAUUAUGAGAAAUUUAAAGAAACAUAGAGAUGCAGCACCCUUUUUAAAUCCUGUUGAUUAUGUAAAAUUGAAUGUUCCUGAUUAUCCACAUAUUAUUAGUCAUCCCAUGGAUUUAUCUUUAGUAGAUCAAAAAUUAAAUAAUUCAGAAUAUGCUUCUGUUGAUGAAUUUGUCGCAGAUGUUCGUUUGGUCUUUAGUAAUUGUUUUAAAUAUAAUGGACCUGAAGCGAUGAUAUCUGUUUUAUGUCAAAAUGUAGAGUCUGCUUUUGAAAAAGGCUUAAGACAAAUGCCACCCUCUCCUUCUCCUUCUUCUUCUUCUCCAUUAUCUAUCAAAAAGGAACCAUCUCCUCCACUUAGUCAACAUAAUUCACCAUCACAAUCUGAUUUCUAUUAUAAGCCUUCUAUAACUGAAGAUAUAAGCAAUAGUAGCAGUGGUGGUGGUAGUGGUGGUUGUGGUCGACCUAAGAGAGAGAUUCAUUGUCCAUCAAAAGAUUAUCCAGAGACUUAUACAACACAAAGGAAAUUAUCUCAAAUCAAUAAAUCAUCCAUGAAGUUUUGUCUUCAAACAUUAAAAGAAUUGAAAAAGAACAAAUAUCGUCAUCUUGCUUAUCCUUUUUUACAGCCUGUAGAUCCAAUUGCUUUGAAUAUACCUGAUUAUCCUGACAUUGUUAAACAUCCUAUGGAUUUAUCUACAAUUGAAAAAAAGUUAUUGAAUGAUGAAUAUAAGGAUCCUGAUGCCUUUCAAGAAGAUAUGACUCUUAUGUUUAACAAUUGUUAUCUUUAUAAUCCUUCUACUUUACCUAUCUAUACUAUAGCGAAAGAAUUUGAAACAAUCUUUAGAGAUAAAUGGGCUCAAAGACCUAUUGAAACUGAAAUAAAACAAAAAGACGAUGGAGGAGAAGAAGAAGAAGAAGAAAAAGAAGAAAAAGAAGGAGUGAGAUCAAUUGAACACAAGACUUCAAAAAGGUCUACACAGACUAAAAGAUACCAACAACAAAAGAAACGUAUUUUAGAUCAUAAAAAGACUAAAAAGAUAAAUGAGGAGCAUAUUGAAGAAGAAGAGGAAGAUGAUGAUAGUGACAUUAAAAUUGCUGAAUUAGAACGUCAUCUUGCUAGUAUUACUCAACAAAUAAAGUCAAUUAAAUCUGCAAAGAAAUCAACAUCGACACUAACAAAGGAAAAGGGUCGUCGUGGUCGUACGCCUGGUUCAAAAAAUAAAGUAAAACCAACAUCAGUAGCAAAAAAGAGAAAAAGAAAGGCAAUAACUGAAAUGACUAGAGAUGAUGAUGAUGAUGAUGAUGAUGAAGAAGAAGAAGAAUUUAGCUUUGAACAAAAAAAGAAAUUAAGUGAAAUGAUUAAUAAUUUAACAGGUGACAAAUUAAAUACAGUUGUAUCUAUUAUUCAAAGUUCAAUGCCUAAUCUUGGAAAAAAUGGACAGCAAGAGAUUGUAUUAGAUAUUGAUGCAUUAGAUAAACAAACAUUACGCCGAUUAAAUGAUUUCGUUAAUCCAGAACCUAUUAAAAAACCAAGAUUAUCCAAUAAAACAACGAAUAUACCACGUUAUUCUACUAAAGAAACACACAAGAAGAUUCAAAGACUUGAAGAGACAUUAAAGAAAUUUGAUGAUUAUGAUUCUUCAUCAAGUCAAAGUGAUUCAGAGGAUAAUGAUGGUUCAUCUUCAGAUUCAUCAAGUUCAGAAUCUGAUUGA